AGAUGGCUAAGGAGCCGCGGGGCCUUGUGCCGAUGACCCUUUUCUCCCGGGCAAAGUAUGGGGCCACUUACCGCAUCCCAGCUCUGCUCUACCAGCCUUCGGAUUCCCUCUUCCUGGCCUUUGUGGAGAAACGCUCCUCGCCCCGGGACGAGGACGCCAGGUUCCUGAUGCUGAAACGCGGAUACAGAGAGGGCGUCUGCGUUAAGUGGGACCAUCCCGUGCGGUUGAAGACAGCUGGAAUGCCCAACCAUCGCACCAUGAACCCCUGCCCGGUUUACGACAAGAACAACGGCGUGAUAUUCCUCUUCUUCAUCUGCGUGAAGGCCGAUGUUUCGGAACAACGUCAGCUUUGGGGGCGGAGAAACGCCGUCCGACUGGGCUACAUCACCAGUCACGAUGGUAGCCGCAACUGGAGCACGAUGACCGAUCUGACCGAGGAGCUGAUGGGUGACGCUGAGGCGAGCCAGUGGGCUACCUUCGCGGUGGGACCAGGCCACGGGGUGCAGCGGAGUUCGGGAGACCUGGUGAUCCCAGCCUACGCCUACUGCGUCUACAAGUCGUGGUUUGGCUUGUCCUUCCCGUGGUGGGUCAAGCCCCAUUGCUUCAGUUUCUACAGCAGCGACGGUGGGCAGACGUGGCGUCGGAGCGAGCUCAACAAAUCCCUGAAGACCACCGAGUGCCAGGUGGCCGAGGUGACCUGCCAGGACAACAGGAAGGUGUUAUAUUGUAAUGCCCGAAGUUUGCACAAAUUUCGAGCUGUGGCCUACUGCAUGGAUGAUGGACACCGCUUCACGGAUUAUGCCCUCUGCACGCAACUGAGCGAACAGCCCCUUGGGUGUCAAGGAAGCGUCGUGAGUUUCUUUCCCUCAGAUCGGGGCCAAAAGGAGGACCCAGGUGGGUCAAGAUCUCCGAUGGACGCGUCUCCAUCUUCUGCUUCACCCGGGCGUUCCAACCACACGUGGUUGAUGUUCUGCCAUCCCACCAGCAGGAAGAAGCGAAAGGAUCUGGGGAUCUACCUGAAUCCUUCUCCGAUGGAGCAGAGCAGCUGGCUGUCCCCUUGGAUCCUCCAUAAAGGACCCAGUGGCUACUCGGAUCUGGCUGUGUGUGACGAUGGGGAAUCGCCCACGUUCGCUUGCAUAUUUGAGCGUGGAGAGUCCAAGGAAUACGAGGAGAUCGCCUUCUCCAUCUUCACUCAGGAGGAGCUCAUGAAGAACGUGUUCCCCGUUAAGCCGCCGACAGCCGAGGCCAAACUUACUACCAAGCACUUGAAAGAAUCGUGGAAAACUGGGUGAGAUUUUACUUUCUCUCUACUCCAAGUACUUUCCCUGUUAAAAGCAUUUUGAAAAUCUAUCCCCUUCUGAGGAGAGAGGGAACUCCAUCACCCCACCCUAAAAUGGCGGCUCUUGCUUACACAGAGGAAAUAAAGCUUUGAGAAAGAUUAACUUACCACAAUUGGAUACCUGUCUGCUGUUUGGAAUUUGGGAACCCCAAAAGUUCCUGUUCUCAUUGGAAUCUGCUACUUUGCCUUAUUUGUAAAAAGAACUUAAACCAAAACGACUCGAUAGAAAAGAAACAUUAUAUUGAUGUGAUCAUUAUUUCUAGGAAUAAUUGGGG